AUGGGAGAUAGAGGCAGAGAGCAGGCGGUGGAUGGGCAGGAGCAGCAGGAGCAGCAGGAGCAGCAGCAGCAGCAGCAGCAGCAGCAGCAGCAGCAGCAGCAGCAGCAGCAGCAGCAGCAGAUUAUGCUCUUGGGAUUGUCUGAAAACAAUGAUAAGAGAGAGAAUGACAAGGGAGAGAACAAGAAAGAAGAAUGUCUCACUCCUGAUAAGAGAGAGAAUGACAAGGAAGAGAACAAGGAAGAAGAAUGUCUCACUCCUGAUAAGAGAGAGAAUAACAAGGAAGCGAACAAGAAAGAAGAAUGUCUCACUCCUGAUAAGAGAGAGAAUGACAAGGAAGAGAACAAGGAAGAAGAAUGUCUCACUCCUGAUAAGAGAGAGAAUGACAAGGAAGAGAACAAGAAAGAAGAAUGUCUCACUCCUGAUAAGAGAGAGAAUGACAAGGAAGAGAACAAGGAAGAAGAAUGUCUCACUCCUGAUAAGAGAGAGAAUGACAAGGAAGAGAACAAAGAAGAAGAAUGA